AUGGCGCUCGCGGCUGCUGUUGCUGGCGGUACGGCGCUUGCGUAUCUCAAUGGGAAAUACCAGCUGGCUUCUGAUAUAUCCUCUAUCAUUUCAAUGAAGAGAAGCGAGAGAAAGGUUGCUGCAAGAGUUGCGAAUGGCACCAUUUGCCCAUGGUUUCUGUUCGAGGACGCAGUGAAGAAAUACCCCUCUGUUCGCGCCGUCUGGACACGAGAGACAUGCUACACCUUUCGUGAACUCCAUGAUGUUGCAUGUCAGUAUGCGCACUACUUUCGCUCCCAGGGCGUGCAGCCAGGGCAGCUAGUAGCUACAUACCUGCAAAACUGCGCAGACUUCCCUGCUAUCUGGCUGGGUCUUUGGUCAAUCGGUGCCGCACCGGCAUUCAUCAACUAUAACCUAGCCGGAGGAGCGCUGCUACACUGCGUAAAAGUCAGCGGAGCCAACCUGUUGAUCGUUGAUAAUGAUCCUAUCUGUAAAUCUAGGUUAGAAGAGGAACGGUCAAAGAUCGAGAAAGAGCUUCGCAUUACCCCCAUUCUGCUGGAUGACGAAUUCAAGAAACAGAUCAAUGCUUUACCGAAAACUGCACCAGAUGCUUCCCUCCGUCGGAAUAUGUCUCCCUCAUUCCCAGGAUGUCUCCUCUAUACCAGUGGCACAACUGGUCUUCCUAAAGCCUGCGCAUUUACCUUAGAGCGCAUCAGCCAAAUCCUCGGCACUCGAGCAUUGCGUGAUUCCCCCGGCGGACCUGAUAGAUGGUAUAACUGCAUGCCUCUUUACCAUGGGACGGGAGGAAUCAAUAUGAUUGUCUGCGUAGUAGGCGGCGUCUGUGUCGCGCUCGGCAAACGGUUCAGCGUCUCCUCGUUCUGGCAUGACAUUAUCGACUCUGAAUCCACGCAUUUCGUCUACGUAGGUGAAAUAGCAAGAUAUCUACUCGCUGCACCCCCCUCGCCACUGGAUAAGGCGCAUUCCGUACGCACAGCGUACGGUAACGGCCUGAGGCCCGAUGUAUGGGAGAAGUUCAGAACCCGCUUCAAUAUCUCGACCAUCGCGGAAUUCUUCAGCAGCACAGAAGGUAUGUUUUCGUUGUUCAACUUUGAUCGUGGACCGUACCAGGCUGCCUGUGUCGGCCAUCAUGGUCUUAUUCUUCGGAAGUUGCUGCACAAUGUCUAUGUGCCUGUUGCCAACGACCCGGUGACGGGAGAUAUUCUGCGUGAUCCCAAAACUGGCUUUGCUACUCGCAGUCCCUAUGAGAUCGGAGGGGAGAUCCUGGUCGCCAUCCCUGAUGAAAAUGCGUUCCAGGGUUACUGGGACAAUCCAUCUGCUACAUCGAAGAAGUUUGCCCGCGAUGUGUUUAAGAAAGGAGAUCUGUAUUAUCGAUGUGGAGAUUCGCUGCGACGGACCAACGACGGACACUGGCAUUUCCUCGACCGCCUGGGCGACACGUUUAGAUGGAAGUCCGAAAACGUCUCUACAGCCGAAGUAGCCGUGGUACUGGGCCAGUUUCCUGGAGUCUCUGAGGCGAAUGUCUACGGUGUCACUGUACCAAAUCAUGAAGGACGAGCAGGCUGUGCUGCCCUUUUAAUUGACCCCCAGGCUCUCGCGAGCUUCAAAUGGGACGCACUUCUCAAGCAUGCUCGCGAGAGACUACCCAAGUAUGCGGUGCCAGUCUUUAUAAGGCUGGUAGGCUCCUCUGCACACAUACAUAACCACAAGCAGAACAAGGUUGGACUACGUGAAGAGGGUGUUGACCCAUCGAGGAGAGGAACAAAGUCUGAAGGUGGAAAGGAGGAUAAGAUUCUAUGGCUUAAACCAAAGAGUAAUACGUAUGAAGAGUUUGAAGACCAGGAGUGGGAGAGGAUUGUCGGAGGAGGUGCAAGGCUUUGA